UGAACGAGCACCGCGAUUCGCGCAUAACACCAAUCGCUAUUUAAUUUAUUCAGUACAUACAUACGUAUGUGGCUAUGUAUGUACACACAAUCGUAUAUGUAUAGUACCUCAUAUAUAGCUGCUCGAUUAAACUAAUCACAAGAGACGAAAUAUAGUAAUAACCGCAUAACCAACAAAACACAUUAAUUGAAAAGUGAAUUUAAUUUUGUCACGAAAUGUCGCGAAUUUUGUACGCUUUGGUGGCCAUUCUGGGGCUGACCGCUCUCGUGGAGAUUUGCGGUAGCUGUAGCCUUAUUCGGGACCACAUACGCAGUGAAGCGAAUCAGGCUCUGGUUGAGAGCUACAAUCAACCACAGCGAUCACAGAAUGAUGCUGCAGCACCACCGCCUGUUUUCGCACCGCUGCCACCAUCAGCUGCUCCUGCCCCUGCCCCUGAACCUCAGGCGAUAACUGCUGCUGGCUUCGGCCUCGGUCUCGGCACUGAUAACGUCGAUCUGCGGGCUUCGGACGCGAUCGCACGCAAUGUUUUAAAUUUCGCCAACUCACUGGGCCAACAUUUGAGCACCACAUAUAGGAAGACCGAGGUGUUCUCCCCCCUCAGUGUGAUGUCUGCCCUGGCCCUACUACUCGCUGGCUCGAAUGGUAAAAGCUAUGAGCAGCUUUCGCAAGUGUUUGGACUUAACGAUCAGGAGCUGCAAUCCAAUUCCACCAAGCUGCAUGAGCAAUUCGGCUUGCUACUCAAGGAUGUGCAGCAACCGACCCUGGAAAUGGUUUCGCCUCAGCGACGUCUAGACCCCUGGCGUUACACCAAGGCCGGCAAUAUGCGCAGCAAUCGACGCUCUGCGAAUCGGCCCUCCGGUCAUGCCAUCCAUUUGGCCAAUGGCUUGUUCACACAGUUGGGCUACACCCUGAAUCCGGACUACAGAAAUGUCAUUACAAAUAUAUACCGCUCGGAACUGCAGCCGUUGGACUUCCAGACCAAGCCUGCACAGUCACGCCUCAUCAUCAACGAUUGGGUGGAGCAGAAGACCUUGGGCAAGAUCCCGAAUAUCAUUGCCAGUGAAGUGUCUCAAGCCACACGUGUGAUCAUGGCCAAUGCAUUGUAUUUUAAGGGCUUCUGGGAGCAGGAUUUCAUUGACUCAGCCACCAAGCUGGACAACUUCUAUCCGAAUGGCGAGUCGGAGGCGCCGGUGCGCGUCCAACUGAUGGGCACUGGUGGCACCUUCCCCUACUAUGAAGAUCCCCAACUGAAUUGCCGCAUUAUUGGAAUGCCCUAUCGUGGGAAUCUUAGUACCAUGUACGUCAUACAGCCACAUCAGUCGACCGCGUCACGUCUUCAGCAGUUGCAACAGAAUUUGAAUGCAGACAGAAUUGAGGAAAUGAUCUCGAAAAUGACCAGACGCUCGGCUCUAUUGGCAUUCCCUAAAAUGCACAUAGUCGAGUCCAUCAAUAUGAAGGAAUUGCUUAGGCGCAUGGGCAUCUCCAGUAUUUUCAGUGAGUUGGAAAGCGACUUGUCGCUGAUUGCAGAGCCGGCGUCCAGGCCUGGUCAGAGCGACGGCACAGAUCGUCCAUUUGUGUUCUCCCCACGUAGCAGCUUCGGCAAGAGCGCAGACAGCCUGCAAAACCUUGAUGACCAGCGAUCAGUGACACGCCAAAAUAGUGUACGCCAGUCGAAUAUGUUCGUCGACGAAAUUGUACACAAGGUUGACUUUGAGGUCAACGAACAGGGCACUGAGGCAGCCGCCGCUACAAUCACAUACCUGAACAAAUCUGGGCCGGAUGUGCUUUUCCGCGCCGAUGCUCCAUUUAUAUUGCUACUACGCCAUGAUGCCACAAAACUUGUGCUCUUCUAUGGCAUCAUCAAUGAGCCGCCAGUGUCUAAAUAAGCAUUAAGACUUAGCUACUAAGAUAUGUAUGUAGUACGUUUCGUUGACAUUUAAGUGAUUAAGUCUUGAGGACUUUACUCUAAAAUAUAUAAUAAAUUAAUCUUAAAUUAAA